AUGACUAUGACGGAAAAUAUUACAAAAAUCACCACCAUUCAAGAAAGGUUAAAAGAUAAGGAAAGUAAAUUCUUAAGUGCCAACGAGGAGGAAGAGGAAGCAGACGCAGAAGCAGAGGAGCAAAAAAAAACAAUCGAUGAAAGUACAAUAAAAGAAAUUAUAGAAGACCUAAUUUUGUUAAAAGACGUAGAAAUAAAUAAAGACAUUUUAAAGCAAACCAAGAUAGGAGUAACCGUCAAUAAAUUUACCAAAAUAAAAAACGAGGAAAUACAAAAUGUUGCAAAGGAUCUUGUCGAUAAGUGGAAAAAUAUUGCUAUAAAGGAAAAACACUCCUCAACCAGUAGUAGAAGUGCCGAAAGUCUGAAGAAAAGAAAAUCUGAGCUAGUCGAAACGAGUGACAAUCACACAUGUUCAGAGGAUUACGAAUUAAAAAAGGUAAAAGUUAAAAAUGAUAAUGAGCACAAAUCAGAGAAGGGAACAAUCCAAAGUGAUAACCCCAAUCUGAGAGAACCGAAUAAUAAGACGGAUGAUCUGCUCCUCAAGAGCAAACAUCACAAUAGUGACAACUUACCAAUAAAAGGAAGCAUUAAAAAUAGCUACCAGUUUAGCGAACUUAAACACAUUAACACAGAUUUAAAGGCACUCACUGAGUGGAAUUAUAACGGAAAAUUUCACAAUGAUGUACUUCGAGAUAAGGCGAAACAGUUUUUAUUUAAAGCUUUCAUUACUGGCUCAGAUGACAAUUUGCUCUACCUUAUUGAUAGAAAAAAGCUAAACGAUAUUAUAUACAAUAUAGAAAACGAAUUACACAAAUUUUUUAUAGAAAAAAAACAAUCCCAGAAGGAGUACAAUAUGCAAUUAAAAUCAAUAAAAUUUAAUUUAUGUGAUAAAAAAAACCCAAGUUUUAACGAAAAAAUUUAUGCAGAAUACAUCCCGCCAAGAACUAUUGCCACCAUGAAUUCUCAAGAAAUGGCUAGCGAUGAAAAAAAAAAGGAACGAAACAAAUGCCUGCAAGAAAGCUUACAGGCUUGUCAGUCCGACUGGGAUGUUAAAAAUAUUCUUUUAAAAAAAACUAGGAAGGGCGAAUUUCAGUGUUUUAAAUGUAAGGGCUAUGAAACUGUCUACCACCAGCUGCAAACUAGGAGCAGCGACGAGCCCAUGACGACCUUCGUCACGCCUCUCUGCAAAUUUGGCAGUUUAAAUCGAACUAACUUUUGA